AUGACCUGCACUGCUGAUAUUUGGCCACCAGAUGCAAAGAUUGAACCUCGCAUGGAGAUCAAAACAGAGCAGAAUGAUGCUUCAAAAACUGAGGUGUUCGCAUGCCCUGUUUGCUAUGAACCGCUGAUAAGGAAAGGGCCAUCAGGCGUGAACCCUGUAUUGAUUUAUAGGUCAGGAUUUAAAUGUUCAAAAUGCAGCAAGUCAUUCACCAGCAAAGAUAUCUUCUUGGAUCUCACUGUCACCUCAGGCAUGAAAGAAUACAGUGAACUGAAGCCUGCUAGAACUGAGCUGUUCAGGAGCCCGCUCUUGUCCUUUCUUUACGAGAGGGGGUGGCGUCAGAACUUCAAUCGGAGUGGCUUCCCUGGCCACGAUGAAGAGGUACAUUUCUUGGCUGCCUCAUUCUUCAAUUCCAUGGCCUUAAGCUGUUACUGCUCAAUAAUAUUCAUGUUUUGUGGCUUGUUUUCAAGGAAGUUUGCAAGCUCUGGGGCAUACUCAUCUGUGAUUGCUUUGGACUUUUCUGAGAAUAUCCUCCGCCGAUGA